AUGGGAAAUUUCCACGCCACACGCCCUCUAUCCUAUGCGGAGGCGGAUAUCAUGGGGCAAUUCCCCGUACUGAACGCAUAUACCAUGCUAUUGUAUGGUUUUCAGCUUCCGCUUGAUGUGGACAAUCAUUCCAUUGUUUCGAUGCUUCAAAAGACAUUUGAUGAUUUGGUUGCCCGCAUUCCCUUAUUCGGAUGUCAAGUUGGGACGAAGGAAUCGGGUCUUCGGACAGUUCUUCCUUGGCCAGAGAAUAUGCGCAAGGAAAGAGUGCAUGUCAAUAUUUGUGAUGAUAGUAUUGCAUCUAUGGAAGAGCUUUUGGUUGCCAAAAAUCCUGCACGAAUGUUGGAUGGUAAAGAGCUCUGUCCCUGGCCAGCACUUCCUAUGCCGCAUGGUCUCACUGGACCCGCCCCUGUUGUUGCCCUCCAGGCCAACUUCAUUUGCGGUGGUCUCAUUCUGACCCUUGCGGCACACCACACAAUCAUGGAUGGAACCGCAGAUUUUCAGUUCUUGAAGAUGUUUUUCGAUUUGCUUAGCGGGCGUGAGCUUGAAUCAGUCGAUUUAGAGCAAGCAAAUCGGGAUAGGAGUCAGCUCAUACCAUUAAUUCCUGAAGGUGAGCCCGUGAAAGAUUAUCCCCACUUACUCUCCUCAAGUAAGCCGGCUUUUGUCAUGCCGGCCAGUCAGCCCAUCUGGUGUUACUUCCUCAUGCCUGUGGAGUCACUAAACAAGCUCGUCAAACGAGCCCGCGACAAUCAGCUCGGCAAAGACGUACAAAUCUCCUCGGAUGAUAUACUGAGUGCAUUUUAUUGGAAACGACUCUGUGCCCUGCGUAUUGCACGCGGUAUGCCACCUGACACUGAGUCCAAAUGCUCACGCGCGAUCAAUACUCGUAUUGCGCUCGGUAUCCCUUCGUCCUAUAUCGGCGCCCAGAUCUCUCCAUGCAUCACCCGGCUCUCUUUGGCUCAGGUUAUCGAGUUAAAUAUUACCCAGCUUGCGCAAAUACUACGCACAGAUCUGAUGGAAGCUGCCACACCCUGGGCUGUUCGCAGUUUCGCUACUUUCAUCUCACGAAAAUCCCCCGAGGCCCGUGCAAAGUUACUGUAUACUGGAAGCCAUGAUUCAAACACCGACAUUGGUUUCACCAACAUGUCGAAGCUUGAGAGACCCAGGGGGGUCUUGGGGACCGUUGGGGCCAUGUCGCUUCUAUCGCCACCCGAAUACGGCGCCGAUUCCAGGCUCAUUCCGGACUCAGGAACCCGAGGAUGGUGCCUACCCUAUCAUGAUAUGCUUGCCUGA